AUGGGUGACAACGUUCAGACCGAAACGAUCCAGCACGAUGUCCCCGCGCCUGUUGCGUCCGUCUCUCUCAAGGAGCGGCUGGAGACUCUGAUCGCGAGCUCGCAGGCGCUCAUCAAGCAGCUAGACGAGCACAAGAUUGCCGACCCGACCUUUGCCCGGGACUCGCAGGAGGAUUAUGCCUCCCUGCCGCCAGAGGCUGUGAUGCAGCGAUAUCAGCUGCUUGAUGUACUGAAUGAUGUGUCGUACCUCGUCCAUGGGCCGUCGUCGAGCAUCCUUGACGAAGCGCAAAACGCCAUGGCCGACUCGGCGACCCUCAACAUACUCAACUACUUCAACUUCUGGGACGCCGUGCCCCUGGAAGGCUCCGCCUCAUACGCCGAGAUCGCCAUGUCGGUCCAACUGCCGCAGGAGGCUGUUGAGACGAUACUUCCCUACGCCUUCUGCAACCGGCUCUUCGAGCUUGAGACCCCGGGGACGGCCGACUCACGCGUUCGCCACACCUCCCGCUCCGCUGCCUUCAUCAAGGAGAAGUCGUUGCGCGUGCUCGUCGGCCUUACCAUCGACGGCCUGGCCGGCCCCCUCGCAAUUCUCAACCGCUCUCUCGAAAAGAACUUCCUCGGCAAGAAGGAACUGUCAAACGAUAUUUCCGAUACGCCCUUUGGAAUGCUUUACAACCAAGGAGGUGCCCUUGGCCAGUACAAGGACUACUACGACUUCCUCGACCGUGAAGGCGAGGGCGAGCGAAAGGGCUGGCGCCAACGCGACAUGGUCGAGUCGCUGCGCCUUGCCAAGGAGAAGUGGGAUGCCGAGGGUGCGCUGAUCAAGGCGAUCGACUGGGCCGGUGCCGGAAAAGCUACCGUUGUUGAUGUUGGUGGCUCUGGUGGUCAUGAUGACAUCCCCCUAGCCGAAAAGUUUCCCGAUCUCAGCAUCGUCGUCCAGGACUUGCCCAGCUGCGAGGCCAAAUUCAACGACGGCUACAUAUCCGACGAGCUGAAGAAGCGCAUCUCUUUUGUCGCCCACGACUUCUUUACCCCCCAGCCCAUCCAGGCUGAUAUCUACCUCUUCAAAUGGGUCUUUUAUGACUGGCCCAACAAGGAUAUUUCAAGGAUCGUCAAGGCCCUUGUCCCAGCGCUGCGGCCUGGCGCCCGGGUUCUCGUUCUCGACCUUAUGGUUGAUGUGACGCCCGAGGCGGCUGCUGUCACCCCCCGCUCGCUGCUGAAGUACAGCAACGUCAUCAGUCUCAAGACCUUGUCGCUCUUUGGCCACACCAAGCAAGCGGCCAAGAAGAUGACGGAAAUCUUCAAGGAAGCCGAUGCCCGCUUCGACAUUGUCCGGGACGACAUCGAGGGUAACUUUGUUACAUUUGAGGCUGUCUGGAGAGGAUAA